AUGGCCCGCACCAAGCAGACGGCGCGCAAGUCCACCGGCGGCAAGGCCCCGCGCAAGCAGCUGGCCACCAAGGCCGCCCGCAAGAGCGCGCCCGCCACGGGCGGCGUCAAGAAGCCGCACCGCUACAGGCCGGGCACCGUGGCCCUGCGCGAGAUCCGCAAGUACCAGAAGAGCACGGAGCUGCUGAUCCGCAAGCUGCCGUUCCAGCGGCUGGUGCGCGAGAUCGCGCAGGACUACAAGACGGACCUGAGGUUCCAGGCCAGCGCGGUCCUGGCGCUGCAGGAGGCCGCGGAGGCGUACCUGGUGGGCCUGUUCGAGGACACCAACCUGUGCGCCAUCCACGCCAAGCGCGUCACAAUCAUGCCCAAGGACAUCCAGCUGGCGAGGAGGAUCCGCGGGGAGAGGGCCUGA